GCUGGGUAGUCCAUUUCUGAAUAUUAAGCCCGCGGAUGGCAGCUGUAACAGCAGCAAUAAUCCAUCUCCCACACCAACAAUCACCAAGCACCAGCACCAGCAGCAACAACAUCAGCAUCAUCUAGCCCAGACCACAUUUCAGUUGUCGGCCAAUUCGGCCUUCAAUCUUGCCUUGCCGCCAAGCUUCUAUCAUCGCCUGCCCGCAAACGCAAUCGCAUCCGGUCCGAGUCCGGUUAAUGCGCACGAGUGCGCCACAGUCGACUAUUUGCAUUCACCCGGCAACGAUCCCACGGAGAUGGAUCUCAUCAAUCCCUAUAUGCGGCAUCAUAGUUUCGCUGCCGCCGCCCAGGGCAGUCCGCCGUCGGCGGCACAGCGUCACCAUUUGGCCGCUGCAGCUGCAGCGGGCUUGAGCAAUGGUUUCGCUGAUGUGCAUGCGCAUGCGAUGGCUGCCGCCGACUAUCAGCAACAGCUGGCCGACUAUCAUAGUGCGGCUGCCGCAGCAGCAGCCUAUGCCAGCAGCAACAGCAACCACAACAACAACAAUAACAAUAGCAGCAACAACAACAACAACAACAGCAACAGCAAUAAUAACAGCAAUGGUUUGAGCAGCCCAUUAAUGCUGUUGAAGGCUGCACAUGUUGGCUCUGUGGGCGGUCGUCUGCUGGAGGCGAAAUCAUCGGCAGAGGAUUCACCAUCGACAACGCCACCGCCGGCAUCGUCACGCCUCCAUUCGGAAUCGUCGCCCUCGCCGCGCUACGAGCACAACUCCAGUCCUGGUGUGGAUAGCGCCAAAUCGUUUGCAUUGAGCCAGCGCAGCAGCGGCGGCGAGGAUCAUUGCCAGAACAGUGAGUCCAGUCCGCCGCCAUCGGACUACAGUCCCGAGAACUUGACCAGUCGCAAGUAUCAGCAUCAGAACAGCGGCCUCAAUCCGCUCAGCCUGCACAACAGCAACAACAACAUCAACAACAAUCACAUUCUCAGUGGCAACCAUCACAACAACAACAACAAUAACAGUAACAACAACAACAACAACAUGGAGCAUAAGUUGCCAUUGAGUUUUUUGGGUCCACCGCUGGCGGCGCUGCAUUCAAUGACCACAGAAAUGAAGACUGCACAGGGCAUCGGAGGCAGUGGAGUUGGUGCCACCGGCAAUGGCCUCGUCUAUGGCCACAGUCCCAAUUCGCAUCUGAUUAGUGAGCGUGUCUCCGGCUCCAGCUCGAGCAGCUCGACAACAACAACAAACACACACGGUGCUGCCAAUCCGCAUGGCAUCGAUACGAUACUAUCGAAACCGCCGCCGGUAACAUCGGCGGGUCUAAGUGCUUUAACGGGAGCUGGCAUACCACGCUUCUCGAUAGCCGCCGCUGCGGCGGGCAUGGCCCAAUACCUAUCGCAGAGCCAGGGAGCGCCACUGAAGACGCACGCCGGACACAUUGUGGAUCGCACGCAUCUGUACUGGCCGGGACUGCAGGGAUUGGUGGCGAAUCCGAUAGCGUGGCGUGAGCGAUUGUCAAAUACAAUGUCUGCCAAUUUGUCACAAUCCCAUCAGCAUCAUCCAUCGAGCGAUAAGGAUGGCAAAAAGAAACACACCCGCCCAACAUUCAGUGGUCAGCAGAUAUUCGCGCUGGAGAAGACCUUCGAACAAACCAAAUAUCUGGCUGGACCAGAGCGUGCCAAGCUCGCAUAUGCCUUAGGAAUGUCCGAGUCGCAGGUGAAGGUUUGGUUUCAGAAUCGUCGCACCAAAUGGCGCAAACGUCAUGCGGCGGAAAUGGCAACGGCCAAGCGGAAACAGGAUGACAUGGGUGGCGACAACGAUGGCGACUGCAGCGAGACCAUGGAUAGCGACAAUGAGAGCCUGGACAUGGGCGAGGCACCCACACAAAGUAAAAGGAGUCGCAACAGCAGCGGCAGCUCCCAGCAGCAGCAUCAGGAUAAUUAUCGUCAUUAA